ACUAAAAGAAGGCGAAGAAGAAAACAGACAUAAAAGAGGAAGGGAAAAAAAAAACCUAUCGAUUUUAUUUUUUUCUUCCGCUGCCGGUGGACUUGAGUUGGACAGAACCGGUCCUAACAUAACACACCGGAACGAGUAAGAGCUUUGGCCAUCGAGUGAUCUGCUUACGGACAAACAAUGGCCGUGAAUGUCUACUCCACCUCGGUGACAAGCGAAAACUUGAGUCGCCAUGACAUGCUCGUGUGGAUCAACGACUCUCUACAGAUGAACCUCACCAAGAUCGAGAUGUUGUGUUCAGGUGCCGCCUACUGUCAAUUUAUGGACAUGUUGUUCCCGGGCUCGGUGCCUGUAAAGAAAGUGAAAUUCGGCGCCAAGUUGGAGCACGAGUAUAUCCACAACUUCAAGCUCCUCCAGAUUGCCUUCAAAAAGAUGAACAUCGACAAAAUCAUUCCAGUGGACAAGCUGGUGAAAGGCAAGUUCCAAGACAACUUUGAGUUUGUGCAAUGGUUCAAGAAGUUCUUCGAUGCCAACUACUGUGAGAGCGAGUAUGACCCGGUGGAGGCCAGGAAGGGCCAAGAUGCGGCACCUCCGCCCAAUGCCGCCACGUCGGCACUGAACAAGCCCCCGAAGAAGGCCAUCAGUCGGGGUAGGCGCCCCCCCCCCCCCUGCUCAUCAAACAUGCCGGGUGUUUUUGAGGUUUCUUUCCACUCUCUCAUCCUUCCCCGUCCGUCUCAUUUCUCUUCAGCUCCUCAGAGGCCUCCAGUUGCCAAAGUCGCCCCGAAGGUGGUGCCCAUAACAGGCAGGAAGUCUGCAAGUGCUGCUGCCAACAAGGAGGGGGCGGAGAUCCUCUCAGAACUGGAGGAACUGAGGUGUACCGUUCAGGACAUAGAGAAGGAGAGAGACUUUUACUUCGGUAAACUGCGGAACAUCGAGCUUAUUUGCCAGGAGAAUGAAGGCCAGGGCGAUCCUGCACUGCAGAGGAUUGUGGACAUUCUCUAUGCUGUCGAUGAGGGAUUUGAGAUCCCGGAUGCCGAAGAACCGGAAGAGUUUUAGCACCAAUAGACCACAAGUUGUUUUUUUUCCCCUAUCCCCUCCAAACGUCGACGGCGUGGCCGAUCUUCGACGUCCUCGCUGGAGUCCUGUGCAAACAGACUGCUGCCGGACUCCCAAUUCUUCUGUCAACAAAAUCCUCUUCCUCCAUGCUGGGAAGUAUCUAAUGUUUCUUAUACACGAGUGCAAGAAAAUUCUGUGCAUGUGUGUAAGAAAAUUCUAAGCACGUGUCUUCUAUGUACUGUAUGUUUUUUUGUUUUUUAAUUAUCCUCUUUCAAAAAUGUCCUCUGAAGUCCUGACUUUCAGUUAACCAACCAGGUUGCUUGUCUGUCUCUCUCUAUCUGCCUUCUAUUUUGACAUUCCCAACUGGCCCAACUAUUCAAAAAAAGAAACAGAUAGCAGUUUUGCUUUAUGUUGUCCAUAUUUGAUUGGAUUUUUACUUUUAGCAAAUUCUCUUUUCUCUUAUUGGUCCCUUUUGGUGUGGGACUGUCAGUUUGGUCUUCACCCAUAGUCAAAAAAGUCUAACCGACAGAGCCAUGUUAUCUGUCGUGUUGAGUCCAACCAGGUUAAAUGUUGUGUGGUCAUUGUACUGCAUGCGUGCGUGUGUGUGUAGAAAGAUAUUUGUAUCAUGACAUUAUCCUAUGAGCAUCCUGCCGGGGACUUUCUCCGGGGUUUGGGUGCCGAAAUGGUGCAAAAAUUUGAGCGCGUCGAUCAAGACGGUCCUGCCAAAUCCUCGAGACGUGCCCCAGUCUCAUGCUUUGAAGGCCUUUAACUGAGUGAAUGUUGCACACAAUCAGACAGUGCCUGUGUGUUUUUUUUUUUUGUUUUUUUUUUUUUUUGCCUUCUCAUUAAUAAAUAGACUGUUUGCAAAUCA